GCUCUCUUCCUCCCUCACUCCCUGAGCUGCUACGCGGACUCCGUCAUCAAAACACACAGUGAGGCGUGCUGGCUUGCUCACACUCUGUAGCUUGUGGACACACACACAUUCACACAUAGUCUCACACUGGAGCCAGCAUUCAAGAUGCAGCAGCAAGAGAGCAUGUCUUCUGAUUCCCUGUCAGAUGUGCGGUGUCCGUCCAGACACUGGUUGUCGCGUGGUCACUCCUAUGAAGAGCAAACUGUGUGGAACCCGAAGUACUGCGUGGUUGGUGACUGUCAGAUGCUGCUUCUGAAUGAGGAGGAGGUGAUCCGUUCCUUGUUUUUGCAGGAGAGGCGCUCUGCGUCAUGCAAGGUCCAUCUUCUGCGACGCACCAUCAGCGUUCCAGUGGAAACACAGUUUCCAGAAUACCACAGCCAGCUGUCCACUGAGAGCGGUAAGACGUUUUUACUUUUUCCUGUGAUUAUUACCUGUGUACGGCUAGUUCUGUUCACAUCUUCUAUCUCUCAGGUUUCUUUCUGGUCUCAUGGCCGACAUAUUCUUUGCUCCAAUCUCUAAAGGAUCUGUUGUGUUUGAGUAACACAGAAUCAUUUAGCCAUAUUGGCUGCAAUACAACAUAACAUAAGGCCUUUUUGAUGAGUCAUCUGCAAAGUCCUGCACUGGGUCGGGUUGCUGCGGAUACUAAUGUCCAUAUUCCAGUACUCGCAUUAAAUCAUUAUCAAGCACUCACAAAAAAAAAGAAAACAAGACACAAAACACAAGAAUAGAAAUGUAUAUUGGCCAACAACAAAAAAUAGGUGCAAUCUGAAGUUCAUUUAUUGAAUAACCAGGCUUCAGUUGGCAAACUUUCUGUUACUGCUGUUACACGGGUUAGACACAGCAGUGAAGGACUGUUUCCAGUGCCCAGAGCUGCUUUCUUUCCAAUUAGUUCAACGAUAACCAGAAAAAGGUUAGCGUGUAAAAGAGCAAAAGAGGCGUGACGGGCAUGAUGUUUAACACAACAGCAUCAGCCUCUAGUGUGAUAUGUAACAUAUGUGCCUGGACAACUAGUCAAAUUUUAAUCAAGAUCACGAUUUUGGCUUCCCUCAAUUAAAUGAACAUGAUCAACUGUGAUAUUAUCCGUCAUCGACCAUAAUCAUCUGUGGUUUGGACAUAGGAGAGAACAAGUCAUCUGCAAAGAGUGCAUGAGACGUUUCUGUCCUGCAACUAACUUGUUAAACCACCUAAAAAAGAUUAUAAUCUGCAGGACA